CGAAUAAUACUUCUCCAUCAUCGUUCAAAUAUGCUUCUACCUCCCUGAGUGAAACGGAUUAGGGUUUAUCCAAUCGAUCCCACCACCGUCAUCAAUGGCGAAUCGAACCGAUCCAGCGGCGAAGAGCAUAAGAGGAACAAACCCUCAAAACCUAGUCGAGAAGAUUCUCCGUUCCAAGAUCUACCAGCACACCUAUUGGAAGGAACAAUGCUUCGGCUUAACCGCCGAGACCUUGGUUGACAAGGCCAUGGAGCUUGACCAUCUCGGCGGCACCUACGGCGGCAACCGGAAACCCACUCCCUUCAUGUGCCUCGUCAUGAAGAUGCUCCAGAUUCAACCUGAGAAGGAAAUCGUUAUCGAGUUCAUCAAAAACGAGGAUUACAAGUAUGUGAGGAUUCUUGGUGCUUUUUAUCUGCGUCUUACUGGUUCUGAUAUUGAUGUGUACCGUUACCUGGAACCCUUGUAUAAUGAUUAUCGGAAACUGCGGCGAAAAUCACCGGAUGGACAGUUUUCGUUGACGCACGUGGAUGAGGUCAUUGAUGAGCUUCUCACGAAAGAUUAUUCGUGUGAUAUUGCUAUGCCGCGUAUCAAGAGAAGGUGGACUAUUGAAGCUCUUGGUACUUUAGAACCUAGGAGAAGUGCACUUGAAGAAGAUUUCGAGGAGGAAGAGGAGAAAGAGGAUAAUGACCAGCCUGUUGAUGAGGUUGAAGAUAGGGCGUAUGAGAAGGAUUAUUAUCGUGGGCGAAGCCCUGCAAGGGAAAGAGAUAGGGAUAGAAGACGUGAUAGUCAUAGACACAGGGAUCGUGACUAUGACAAAGAUUAUGAUAGAGAUUAUGACAGAGGACGUGGCCGAGAUAGAGAUAGAGACAGGGACAGGGAAAAGGAGAGGGACAGAGACAGGGACAGGGAUAGAGACCGAUAUCGUCUGAGGGAAGAAAAAGAUUAUGGUCGUGAUAGAGAGGGCAGGGAGCGGGAAAGGAGAGACAGGGAUCGUGACCGUGGAAGGCGAAGGAGCCGCUCAAGGAGUCGAAGUAGGAGUAGGGAUCGCAAGGAACAUGAUGGUGGAGACUACAGAAAGAGACAUGCUCGAAGUAGUGUAAGCCCUAGAAGACAGGGAGACGAGGAUGGAGAGCCAAAGAAGAAGAAGGAGAAGAGAGAAAAGAAGGAAAAGAAGGAUGAUGGGACUGACCACCCAGAUCCUGAGAUUGCUGAAGCAAACAGGCUACGAGCAUCCCUGGGUUUGAAACCACUGAAAUGAUCUGAAUGUGGCUUGAAUUUUUUCUUCGGUUUGAUACUACUGAAGAUCCAAAUAUUAGGUGGUAAAUAGAAUGUUACCUUAUGGUUUGUGGAAAUGAUGCUACUCGAUUUUCCUGUACUUCCCAGAACGGUAGUUAUCAGGUCAAAAGGGAAAUGUUGUCACUAACACCAGCUGUUGCUUGGUUUCCAGAACUUUAGUUUGAUUACCUUUAAUGUGAUGAGACCAUAUCCAGAGCCUAUGGUACGAAAUAGAACUACAGGUCGGCAGCCUUAUAUUUGUAGUGUAUAAUUAGCUGCAAAUCAAAUUUAUGGGUGGAACACUGAUUUCAUUACUGCUUAA